GAUGAUGAUGCAUUUCCGUCCGCCAUAUUGCAGUGAUACAGCGAGAUUUCCCAUUUGUCUCAGCAAUUUGAAGAGUUCGGGUUUUCUUGCAAACUGCCAUAAUGUUUACACAAGUUUGUGGAGAUAAUGGGAAAAUGAAGGAGUAUCACUAUACUGGACCAGUAGAGCACCGAUUCUCUCCAUAUUCCUUCAACGGAGGGACUGUGCUUGCCGUUGCAGGUGAAGACUUCGCCAUUGUGGCCUCAGACACCCGUUUGAGUGAAGGCUAUUCAAUCCACAGUCGUGACUCUCCAAAAUGUUACAAGUUAACAAAUACGACUGUCAUAGGCUGCAGUGGAUUCCAUGGGGAUUGCUUGACUCUGACCAAAAUCAUUGAUGCAAGAUUGAAGAUGUACAAGCAUUCAAACAACAAGAGCAUGACAAGUGGAGCCAUCGCAGCCAUGCUGUCAACAAUCCUGUACGGUAGAAGAUUCUUCCCCUACUACGUUUACAACAUCAUCGGUGGCUUGGAUGAGGAGGGUAAAGGAGCUGUUUACAGUUUUGACCCUGUGGGAUCCUAUCAGAGAGACACAUACAAAGCUGGUGGCUCAGCGAGUGCCAUGCUGCAACCUCUGCUUGACAAUCAGAUUGGAUUCAAGAAUAUGGAGGGUGUGCAGCACCUGCCCCUGAACCAGGAGAAGGCUGUGCAGCUGGUCAAAGAUGUCUUCAUCUCUGCUGCUGAGCGAGACGUGUACACCGGAGAUGCACUCAGGAUCUGCAUCGUCACCAAGGAGGGCAUCAAAGAAGAAACAGUCCCACUCAGGAAGGACUGAACAACUUAUUUCUGCCACCAUUUCAAGCUACUGCUUUUGUCUGGAUUUUUCAUAUUUUGGACCCUUCCCCUGCUUUUCUCUUUACAUUCAUGCUGAAGAAUAAAAAUGUUCCCUGUAGUUAAUUUUCUCAUGUCAGUUUAACAUUUUUUUUUAAAGAAACAUGAAAUGUUAAAUGUAUUUGAUUACAGUGAAGUCUGAACAGUU